GGCGGAAAUCCAAGCGCGUGUGUAGUGUGUAAUUAGAGUGGGAAAGAAAGAGAUUGUCGACCUACUGCUGACCCGACGUUCUUGCUUCUGGAGCGAAUUCUAGCAGACAUCUAAAACAUAGUCAUAACUCGUUUGAAAACACACAGCUAUUCUGAGGGCUAUACUGCAGAAUACAUGGUUUUGUACAGACACAGGCUGGCAGUUCUGGUUGAGCGUUUAAGGGGAAGUAACUGCUGGCGAACUAUUGAGAGCCGUCCUGUGCAGAGUAUCUCUACAAAAGAAGUAAUGAGUGCAGCAAAGAUGGUAGCAGACUCCACACAGUCUGACGUAACCGGAGACCAACAAGAGAACAAACGGAAAAGACACAGACGAGACAAGAAAAGCAGGAAAGAUUCCAGAAAGAGACGGGUAUCAGCAUCCCCUGACAGCGGCAGUGGCGAAGGCGGUAGCGCGUCGGAUGAGUUCGACUCCGACGCAGACCUCAAGAAGGAGCUGAAGCCGCUUCACGCUUUUCUAGGAGACCGAACGGCCUUCCUGGACGAGAUGCUACGAUCUGUCCGGGGCUCCAGCCUCCAGCGCGCUUUGCCGGCAAAACUCAGGGACAUGCCGCCGGAGGAACUUCGCAGGCGGUGUUUGGAGCAGCUGCAAGUCAUGUCCAGAAAGCGCAUCAAACGGAUCAUGGCAGGGGAUGAUCCCGCAGUCAUCUCAUCAUCCAGCACUGAGGACGAAAUCAUCGUUUGGAGAGGAAGAGAGAGGGGACGCAACAAAGCCGAUGACUUUGUACGGAUCACGUGGACACGUCGUGGAACACCAGAAACCCCUUCUCGCAGCUGUGAAGCGGCGCAAGCUGGUCUGGUGUGGUCAUAUGACCAGCAAAUCCAUCCAUUCUCAGGAUACCUUUGA